GAAGUGGCGCAGCACAGCCAUGGUUUACAUUUCGAACGGACAAGUGUUGGAUAACCAGAGCCAAGCUCCAUGGAGCUUCUCAUCUAUAACUGACUUCUUUUGGGAAAUAGCAGGCUUUGUCGUUAUGUUUUUCCAGAGCAUUAUUCAUCCAGACCUGACGAGAGGGUGUACAUCUUCUUCCACUUCAAGAUACGAUGAUGGAAGAGGACCCCCAGGAUUACCUCGUCAUAGAAUGGGCCGAAUAAGUCAUUUCGGUGGUCCAAGGCCCCCACCAAUGGCUGGAGGUGGAUGA